UCUCUCUCCAGCUCGUUCACACACACUCACUCUAUCUCCCUCUUUUCAUGCUCUCUCCCUCCCUCUGUCUCUCUGUCAGUGUCAUUCUGUAGUGGAGAUGUGGAGUGUCUUUCUGUCUCUCUGUCUGUGUUUCCAGCCUAAUUCAGCUGAGGACGUGAUGCUGCUGGACACAACAGAGUCUACCUCCGAGCUGGGCUGGACCACCUAUCCAGACACAGGGUGGGAUGAGGUCAGUGUCUUGGACGACAGAGGGAAGCUCAUACGAACCUUCGAGGUCUGCAAUGUCAACCAAAAUCCCCGUCAGCAGGACAACUGGCUGGCCACGCCCUUCCUGUACCGCCACUCUGCUCCACGGGUGUUUGUCACAUUGCGUUUCUCGGUGCGUGACUGUGCCAGCCUGCGAUCACCGUCUCCCUCCUGCCGAGAGACACUCACACUGUACUACAAACAGGCCGACUCUCAGAGAGAGCUGGAGAGGACCUGGGUAGCUGAGCCAUCCACCGGAGAGAAGGACACCAGGGAGGGCUGGGUGAAGGUUGACACCAUCGCAGCUGAUAAAAGUUUCUCCAAAGUAGAGCCCAGUUCACCUCACCAGUAUCAACCAAACAGAUACAAACGAAUCAACAUCAAGACACGCAGCUUUGCCCCGCUCACACGCAACGGAUUUGUCUUGGCAAUCGUCGACAGUGGAGCUUGUGUUUCCCUUAUGGGUGUCUCGAUCUUUUACCGUCGCUGUCCGGCCACCAGCCUCUACUUGGCAUCUUACCCGCCGACCCCCUCAGGAGCCGAGCCGACCGCCUUAGUCCCCGUGAGCGGGACAUGUGUCCCCAACAGUAAAGCGCAGGGAGGCCCACCCCCUCGUAUGCACUGCAACGCUGAAGGCGAAUGGAUGGUUCCAGUGGGAGGAUGUGUCUGUGACGAAGGCUACGAGCAGAACCUCAAUGGAUCUGCCUGCUUGGCGUGUCCUGUGAGUUACUUCAAGUCUGUUGCGGGCUCUGUUCCCUGCUCAGUGUGUCCCCCUAACAGCAGAACCAGCCAGGAGGGAUCCAGGGUGUGUGAAUGUCGCAGCGGCUUUUACCGAGCAGCCAAUGAUGCCAACUCCUCUGCCUGCACAACUCCUCCAUCUGCGCCCGUCUCUCUGUCCUGGGAGUACGAGAGCGGGGACGGUGGCGUUUCCUUAAGGUGGCGCCCCCCUGUGGACAUGGGAGGCCGCAGCGAGGUGUGGUACGGGGUAGUGUGUCGAAUCUGUCCCUCAGCCACUUUCACCAACCCGGCGUUGUGCUCCUGGUGCGGGGAGGGCGUCACUUUCAGCCCCUCUAAGACCAACCUCAAACAAACCAAGGUCACCCUCAACAACCUGCUGACAAGGGUGACUUAUCUCAUACAGGUGCAAGCCAUGAAUGAGGUGUCAGCUUUGAGCCCUUUUCCGGUUCGAUACACGAGCAUCAAUUUCACUACGAGCCAGUCAGUUCCCAGUACAGUUCCCAUGAUGCACCAGCUGAGUCGAGCCCCAGAAUCCAUCACUCUAUCGUGGCCUCAGCCUGACAGACCCAAUGGAGACAUCCUGGAGUACCAGCUUAGAUAUUUUGACAAGGGUUCAGACGUGGACAGCGCAGCGAGUGUUUACAGCGAGACCAACACGGUGACCGUCAGCUCCCUGAUCCCCGGUUCCAUCUACGCUUUCCAGAUCAGGGCUCGAAAUGAGCGGGGCUUCGGCCCCUACAGCGACACCAUCUACUUCACCACACUGCCGCUGGAGGAACAUUCUCAGCAGAUCCAGAAUCGGCUUCCCCUGCUGGUCGGUUCGGUGAUGGGCGGAGCAGCAUUUCUCCUUGUGGUCGCAGCAAUUGUGGUUGUGGUGGUAUUUCGCAGCAAGAGGAGGGAGAGCCCUUACAGCGACCGACUCCAGCGGUACAUCAGUAACCGAGGUGGAGUUAAAUAUUAUGUGGACCCCUCCACCUACGAAGAUCCCAGUGAGGCCGUCAAAGAGUUUGCCCGUGAGAUCGAUCCCACUCAUCUUAAGAUUGAGGAAGUGAUCGGUGCAGCCCAGUUUGGUGAGGUUUCUCGGGGCCGCUACCGUCCACUGGGGCGCAGAGAGGUGCUGGUUGCUGUGAAGACUUUACGAUGGGGGGCGUCUGACAGAGAGAGGGGGAUGUUUCUGAGUGAAGCAGGAGUCCUGGGACAGUUUGACCAUCCAAACGUGCUGAAGUUGGAAGGGGUGAUCACUCGAACCCCCCCAGAGAGGAUCGUCACUGAGUUCAUGGAGAACGGGCCGCUGGAUGCUUUCCUCAGGGAGAACGAGGGUCAGUUCAGUGUACUGCAGCUUGUCGGGAUGCUCCGGGGCAUUGGUGCAGGGAUGCGUUACCUCUCGGAGAGAAACUUUGUCCACAGGGACCUGGCUGCCAGGAACGUGCUAGUAAACUCCAACCUGGUCUGUAAAGUGUCCGACUUCGGCCUGUCCCGUCUCAUGAGGGGCCUGGACCAUAACAUACCCACUUACACUGCCUCACUGGGCAGCAAGAUUCCUGUGCGGUGGACAGCACCAGAAGCCUUUCAGCAUCGCAAGUUCAGCUCGGCUAGUGACGUCUGGAGCUUUGGGAUUCUCAUGUGGGAAGUGAUGUCAUAUGGGGAGCGUCCAUACUGGGACAUGAGCAAUCAAGAAGUGAUGAAGGCUGUAGCGGACCAGUAUCGUCUUCCUGCCCCCCACAACUGCCCUGCUGCCCUCCACUCUCUCAUGCUUCAGUGCUGGCAGGCGGAGCGAGGGGACCGGCCAGCCUUCGACUCGGUCCUGUCCUCUUUGGACCGGCUCAUCAGGCACCCUGCCUCCCUCAAGGCUGAGCCAACACGAAGCUGCUCUCAGCCGCUGCUUAGCCCGACGCCCACAGACUUAACGGCAGUGGCAACAGUCAGCGAUUGGCUGAAGGCGCUGAGAAUGGAGAGAUAUCAGGACGAGUUCGAUCAGGCCAACCUGGACUCUUUAGACAGAGUCAGCAUGCUCACAAUGGAAGACGUCCAGAACCUUGGGGUGAGCCUGCUGGGACACCAGAGGAAGAUCUUCAGUGCAGCCCAGCAGCUCAGAGCCUAUCUGACGCAGGGACAGGUGGAGGUGUGAAAUCCACCCACAUCACACCCUGUGCCAUGGACUUCUGUGGUCUUCACAUUCCUCUGCUUGUUGUGUCUGGUUUCUGAAACAGUUGUAAGGAGCACAUUUAAAGCCAAAAAAACAAAAACUUUUUAAAGGAAAAGCCUCGACUGCAACUCUUUGCAUUCUGAAAAAAACACCCGUUUAACAACCACAAGGUGAGAAAACGAAGAGACCAGUCUUCCUGCCGGCCACUAAAGACAAAUAACUGAGGAGAUUGCACUACUGGAGCUGCAGUCCCUGUCAAAGUGAGGGUAGGGAGUCACUGAAGAGGAGGACUUUGAAGAUUGCUCGAUUUUCUCACUAAAAUUUCACUUUAUUGUUGUCUGCCUUCUUCUCCCCUCACCCAUCUUAAGUCCUACCUCUCACCUCCUCUUCCACUACUGUCCCUUUUAUAUCGCCCCGACCCUCAACAAGUACAAGAAAACCUAUAAAAAAUGUGUUUUAUUUAUUCUCAUGGAGAACUCUCCACACAAAGAAUUGCGUGAAGACAAUCAAAGCCUUUUUCUACAAUUUUUUGACAUGUUUGUAAAGUUAUAUCACUCCCUCUCUACUUUAAACGCCGAAAUGCUAAAACCUGUAUGCAAAAAAAAAGAGAACAGGGUACUGCCUAGCAGCUUGUGUUUCACCGUGAGCUUUUUAGAUACGUAUAGUUUGUUGUAUGCUGUAAAUAACGACUGAGGUUAGACAAAGAUGGCUGCCAUGAAAUUAGAAACACACUUUUAACUGUAAGCCAUGUAUUCCCCUCUUUAAGAGACGUAUCAGCUCUGUUUGUACAGCUCACUCUCACUACGAGCAACGACAGAGCUCACGUGCUGCGACACUACAAGCUUCACCUCAGCUGCAAACACGAACGUCCGUCUGUGAUGAAUACAGAAGAAAAGAGCACGACCUUUAUGUGUACAUUUCACACUUCACCUCUUUUUGUUUGACUGCAAGAGUAAAGACACUGAGUCAUUAAAGACGGACAAAAUCUGAUCUGAUUAACACUUGAAGGAAGGAGGAGAAAUGCUUUGUUAGUAUGUUCCUGUGUGUGUGUGUGUGUGUGUGUGUGUGUGUGUGUGUGUGUGUGUGUGUGUGUGUGUGUGUGUGUGUGUGUGUGUGUGUGUGUGUGUGUGUGUGUGUGUGUGUGUGUGGUUUGAGGCAAGUGUGUCAGGCUACACACAAUACUGGCUGUUUACUUGUAUGAGCGUUUAACACUUCUUCAUAUUUGUGCAAAUUUGUAAAAUAAAUGAUAUGAUUUUAUUUAAAAUGUUGAA